CUAUCAGGGAAAUGGGGACCUUGGUUUCACACAUUUUCCCUGGAACCAUGUUCUUCUUUCUGGGCUGGUGGUAUCUUUUCAACUGUCUACGUAACUACCAUCUUCAAGGAGUGUACAUCCAUCAGAAUGUGUUCAGUAAAACAUUAGAGCCUCUGGGCAAGAUAAUUUUGUGUGUCGCUGGAAUGUUUUCUCAAUGUUUUAGUGCUCACUGGUUGCUGUUUAUUAAGGAAGAGGACCCUGAUUCAGUAGAUUGGCAGCACUUCACCAUGUACCUUCUCUUCUUCAUCACUGGAAUCUUCGAUCUCGUGUGUCCGAGAUACGGUAAGAACGGUAGGACUUUGUGGUACAUGUCCUACAUUGCUGCUUACUUGCUCGAGUCUGCACUCUUUUACGGACAUACCCACGAUCGGGAGAUACUCGAUGCACAGUGCCACUUGUUGAUAACCUACAGUGGAGUGGCAGUAUCCGGUACCCUCGUAUACCUGCUUUACAACCCCUCCUCUAUCAUUGCAUCUGUUCUUUACAGCUGUCUCUUGGUCUUACACGGUAUCUGGUUCUGUGAGGUUGGGUUUAUUAUCUACUCACCAUUUCCGGAUACGCUGUGGAAGUUAGACAAUGCUGCUCAUGCCAUGUUAGCUGACGUGUUCUUUUGCUGGACGUUUAUUGGUGUUGUUUUACUCAUGUUAGUUAUAGCUCUCAUUAUGAACGGAUACUACUCUCGGCGAGCGAAUCAUGUCAUCAAUACACGACCACUGGAGAUGAAUGGACUUCUAGACUCCGACUAGAGACAAUUGAGGCAGGAGGAUGCUUUGAUGAACGAUGGGUUUGAGGUGCUUUUUAUUUUUUUGAUUAUUUGCAAAAUUUGCACAGUUUAAAUCAAUAUGUUUUUGAAAUGAGAGAUGAUAAUAUAGAAUAUCUAAGAUGAACAUUGAACAAUUGAUAAAUGAGUAAAGGAUGAAUGAUUACAUCGAUCCAUACGUUUUUCAACUGAAAUAUAGAGAUGAAUUCUAUGGAGAUAACUAAAUUAUAAUUAUAUGCUUGAGAAUAAUUUAAAGAUCGCCAUCUGUUUAAUUGUACAUAA